AUUCAGGUCUGAUCAAUCAAUAACCACGGUCCCUUGCAACUGGAACCUUUCCUUUUUCAAUCGUACAGAGUAUUGUUAUUUCCUCUCCAAUGUCUUUUUCAUCACCUUGCAUAAGCAGGGGACAGAUUUUGUAUGGCGAGAGACAUAGCCCUUAUCCAUGGGUCAAAUGGUAUGGGUCAUGGAUAAUUCGGGGAACAAGGUAUAGAAACUUUGUCCAGAUUGAAGGCCUUUCUGCAAGAUUCAUGCCCGUCAGCCAGUCAAAUUAUCACAUUGAAGGGUCGAAUAGAGUACUUUGAGUGUCUACCCUGCACGGCACUGUUUUCUCUGCGCUGCUGUCCACACCAAGUACUUCUUCUAUGUACUGCGUGCCCCCAUUCCCCUCAUUUAUACGAAGAAAUAGAGCAUGUACCCUUAGGAAGAGCCCCCCAAAUUUGUUAAUUGCCAGGUUCUCACCAGGGGAGUAGAUAUUGAUCAGACCAUUCAUUCUCUUUGCUGACCGGUGCGAACAAAUUGGGGUGAUUCGAGAAGAAUCGUAGAUCCUUCCUUCCUAUUUGUCGAAGCGGUUCCCAAGUCACCACUUCCUUUCUCAACGCCUUUCUCGAUUUCGAACUCGAACUCGAACUCGAAUCAAUUCGAUUUCCUGUGGCUUCAUUUCAUUGUCGAUAACUUUCUUUAAAUUCAUAACACAAGCCUUGCGCUGCAGCAUUGCUUGAUCGACCGACGGGCUCGAAGCUCUUUUUUUGGAUACAAUAGGCUGGCGAUAGGAUCUCGAUUCUGAAACAACCAAAGAAUACCUACCUACAUACAAGCUUUGAAAGCUUUCUUCUACAUACAAGAGACUGGCUUCUCCCACAAUAAGAAAGUUUGAAGAUCAGAACGUUUGAGGUCGACGAAGGGAUUUAUACAUUCUCUCUUCGACUUCAGGAAGCUAUCGGGAAUAUUGGGAGAGAAGAAAGAAUAGUUCAGGGAAGGCUUCAUACCAAUUCAAGGAUCCACGCAGGCUUGCGAAACACCAAAUUUUACACUCUCUAAAAUUGCCACAGUGCACAUUCAUCUUUGCAGAUUGACUUGAUUGGCUUUUUCAUUCACUACAUACGAAUCACCUUUGAGCUUUGAUAUGCGAAAGUAUACAUCGGUCCAAUAGAUAUUCAAUCCUUCUUUAUCUUCAUUAACGGUUCCCAGUGAACCGAAAUUACGCUCUUUAGCAAGUCUAUAUUCUUCUAACAUCAAGGUUCGCCCUCAACAUCUUUCAAAAAGGAAAGAAAAGAAUUCGGUACGCAAGUUCAAUCACCGGCUGAAAGUUUCAUUGUGGCGCGGCAUAUCCUAGGAAAAGCUAUUGGUCAUUUACAAGGUGGUGGAAAAAGAAACCUAUUCAAGUGCGAAAAUAAUAAUCUCAACGGAACGGCUUCAUGCAGAUACGAACGAAAUAAAUACACGGAAGAAUCCGAGCGAUUGGAUAUUGGUCCGAAUUUGCGGAUACCUCGAUAUCAUUUCACUAUUGGUAGUACGAACGGUUUAAUAUCUCUAUCAGAUGAGUCAACAACAAUGGGAUGCGCCGACAAGGGGUGGAUCGGUGAAGAGGGCAAGAGAAAGAGCGGCAGCAGGUAGGCCUACCGAAUCGAUACCUGCACCAAGACCUUAUGAUCCUUCAUCACCGAGCAAUAUUCCAAGUCCACCAAGAGCAAAAUUUCAAAAUCCACCAGGAACGUCCAAGAAUGGUGGUCAAAGCGCAGUUGGUCUGGCGAUUUCUCGACCUACUCAAGUACCACAAUGGCCAUUAAAGGGAACAAAUCCUGGUCCAGAUUCUCAGCAGUAUCAACCUCCUCCUAAUCGCGGCCCCCCUCCUCAGAGACCGCCAAGACCUAGUCAUGUACCUUCAAUCCUUGAUUCGUCCAGAAUACAAGAUAUCACCCCAACCUUUCAAUAUCAACCACAACCACCUCCACAACCAAAAGAUUUAUACCCACCACCACCACCACCAACCCGUGGCUCGCCACGAAAUCGAGACGAUGAAUUUGAUCAAAACUACCAAUCACUACAAUCGCCUUUGUCAUCAUCACGUCCUUCGACUGUUUCAUCAGUUGGUACAAUACCCGACUUUCCUGUUCCCGUACCAGCCAUCCCACCAUCGGCAAGGAGAAGUGCUAAUCUAGGACCACCGCCAACCUCCCGAAGAGGUGCCUCGUCAUAUUAUUCCCAAGCUUCCUUUGUCUCCCCAAUCCCAGAGGUAUCAGAGGGCAUGGGCCUCAGUCCACGAACACUCCCAGGCUCACAUAGUUCAUAUGCAUCAAGUGCAGCUAUACCCUCGAGUUGGGGACCAGAAUCGCCUGGUUAUUAUCGAUCGGAUGAGGAUGAUGAUGAUUAUGAAGAUGAUAGAAGGUUCGAUGCAGUAUCAGAAGGUCGGGAGUCUCGAGGAUCGGAUGACAAUGACGAUCGAGGAUUGAUUAGAAGUGCUAGUAUUGGCAAGCGAGCGAGACCGUCCAUGAUCGUGACCCGAUCCUCAAGUCAGAUCGACCCGGCACGACUUGCUGCAAUGCCCAUGCCGCCAUCCGACAACAAGAGACUGGGCCCAGCACCAUUACAGAAAUCAACGCUCAGUCCCGCAGAAGCUCAAAGAUCAACACAAUGGCCAAUGCCAGGAAAUCCAAAUUCACCUUUAGCUGGUGGUACUGGUCUCAUUGACCCUACCCCAUCAAGCUCUGACGAAUCAGUUCCGACCGUCGCUAUGGCCGUAACGACCGAUCCACCCUCACGAGAUGGAACGAAGAGCCCGGGUGCAAGCGCUAUGCUCGGAGCAUAUCAAGCAGCAAGUGCACUACCUGGUGACUCGAUUAGAACCAAGUCGCCCUUUGCAAACGAAGGAGGACCUUUUAGCAGGCUAUCAGCAAUCCGUCGACCACCACGUCUCAAUAUUGAUGCCGUAAGGGAGGCAGAGGCAAGAGGUAGUUUGACAAGUUUACCGGAUCUAAUUAGGAGAGCAACAAGACUAGCUUCAAUGAUGGAUCGCGGUAAAAGACCAGGAAGCCGAAUGGGUCUUGAUGAUUUUCCAAGUGACAGAGACUUUCCCAGUGAGAAAGAAAUUGAACUUUCUCCCAACUAUGACAGACGAGGUUCUACUCUCUCCGGAAUGUUAUCAGCUUUUCCACCUCCCGGUCGUGAGACGCCUGCCCGCGAUGCUCCACGACCUUUAUCAAUGUGGCCAGAAUACGAUCCAAAUGAUCCAAAAUCUGUCGCAACUGGAAAAAAGCAAAGAAAGUGCUGUGGUCUACCUUGCUGGGGUUUCAUUGUCGUUUUAAUAAUUCUACUCAUAAUAAUUGCGGCCGCCGUCGUCGUACCUCUUAAAUUUCUCGUAAUUGACAAACCCUCCACAAGUACCACUGCAACCGCAACUACUGUACAAAGCUGCACUGCAAACGCUUCGACUGCCUGUAAGAAUGGCGGAACCUCUUUCGUCGACAAUAGUAUCUGUACUUGUUUAUGCAUAAAUGGAUUUACAGGUAGCACAUGCGCAGUCUCGGGAUCUUCGGGUUGCACAACAACGUCAUCAAGCACUGCUGCAAACACUACCAUUGGCGACUCGAUACCCCGACUCAUUUCAGCCGCUCAAACCAACUUUUCGAUCCCCUUGUUUGAGAACACAAUUCUAGCAAGAUUUAACAAAGGAAAUUUGAGUUGUGCGUCGGAAAAUUCCCUAGUCACUUUUGAUGGAAGUGAUGAAAGAAUGGGAGAUGCAAGUGCUGAAGUGACGUCUACCACGGACAAGAAGGUGAAGAAGGACGUGCAGCAGGUCCCCACAGAUGUUGAGAUUCGAGUAAUUGCAAGUCCAGACUCAACAUUUAUCUCAACAAAUAUCAUCUCAGUAGACUCUUCCACUAAUCAAGCAACACCUACUUCCUCUCAGUCUCAGGCCACUCAAACUUUCUCAGCAGCAUCGACCUCUGUUGCCUCACCUUCUACAACUUCCUCUCCAACCACAACAGGAACUGCAUCUGUAACUUUGACAACCUCCACUGUUGACCCAACAGCCGUCUUCACUAUUACUGAGGAGGUGCUAGACUUUGCAAGAGUCACUGUCCUUUUUGUUUUGCAGCAAGAAAACUUGGAUAAUGCAGUAUCCGCACAAGGAGAAUUACAAAAGUUCUUUAAUCAACAAAGCUCCGAGAACUUAUCUGCAAUGAAUGUUUCGAUGGGAGGCGGUAAUACUGUUAAUUUGGUGGAAUUCAAAGUAGAUUUGGGUAAUGGAACAGUGGGUCAAAAGAACACAGUCUCAAAAUAAUUGUGCUUAGCUGGUCGUUCGAUCAAGUUCAAAGUACAAAGCCGACUCGGGGAGAUGACCGGGUAUGGGGUUAGAAGGAAGGUAACGAAGUUUUGUAUAUCAACUGUAGCGAUUAGUAAAUGCUCUGCUUUUAUGGAUACCCAAAAUGCGGAGAUAGUGUGGAUGGGCAACGAGAAAUUUGUACAUAGAAUCGAAUAUCCUUUUUCGAAAACUCUUUCGUUGACUAUGGUUUAUUUGUGGCUUGUAUGAAUAUAAUGUCUCUUCUAUUUUGCUUCCUUUUUUCAGACUUCUUUUUCGAUGCAAAGUGGGUCUGAUUCGAGAGAUGGGCUUGAUUUGGGGAGGAUUUGUGGUCGUGUUCUCUGAGCGAAUACGAUCUUCCGGAAAAGUCUCCCGGAACUUUCUCUUCUUUCAGGCGGCCUUUGGGUACACGUGAAUUGGGAUUGUGCGUCUUAGAGUGAACGUGCAAGGGAACAAGGGCGCCAUGCAGAAGAAGUUGUGAGGUCGUGGAGCCGAACGGGUGGCACAAUGGCAUACUGAGAGAAGACGAGAUGACUGAAAGACCAUAUGUAGCGCGAGAGUAACGCUGAGGUUGAUGACUGAAAGGAGAGAAGGGAAGAGAGGACGGGCUUUUUUAGGCCCAUUCUAAGGGUGUAGUAGGUAGUGCUAGUGAAGCGAAAAUUGGUGGAAGAGGGAGAGAAGCGAGCAG